AUGUUCCAUCGACAGCUGAAAGCCGCCCUCAUGGCGCACGAAAAUCCGACCCGCUGGGCAUCACUGCUUCCCGUCGUCCUGCUCGGCAUUCGUACCACCCUGAAGACUGACAUCGGUUGUAGCUCUGCCGAGCUUGUCUACGGUACUGCGCUACGGCUCCCAACCGAUUUCUUCUGCCACUCCGAACCCUCUACCAUCAGCCACAGCUCCUACCUAGAAAACCUCCAGCGUAUUUUUCACGACGUUCGGCCCACUCCCACCCGUGCGAGUCCAUCCCGACAGCCGUUUGUACCGCAGCUCCUUUCAACAGCGUCCCACGUCUUCCUCCGGCGGGACGCCGUUCGAAGGCCCCUUCAGCAGCCAUAUUCUGGCCCUCACCCCGUCUUACAGCGAGCCGACAAGUUUUUCAAGAUCAGCGUCAACGGGAAGCCGGACUCUGUAAGCGUGGACAGGCUGAAGCCCGCCUUCACCAAACCACCGCUGUCCUCAUUUCCCCUUUCUGCCCUUGCACCGUCCCCUUUGCCGGCCCAUCAUGCCCCCGACUCGUCCACCGCCCCGAAGAAGCGCGUCUCCUGGGCCGAUCGCUCCUCACGGAGUCUUGCGGGGGGGCCCUGUAGUGGACGACGAUGA